AUGGAUAAAUUACUUAAAGAGCAUAAUCUUGGUGCAUAUCUGACAAUAACAGCAGACGAGCAUCUGAAUGAAUAUUUAGGUGUGUCAGAUCAAAGGGUAAAGUUUCUUACAGGAUUUACGGGCUCUUUUGGAAUAGCUGUAACCUGUGAAAAAAAUGCAUUGUUUACCGAUUCAAGAUAUUUUAUUCAAGCAAAAAAUGAACUUAAAAAUUAUGAAUUAAAAAAAUAUGGCAUAGAUUUAUUGGAUGAAUACAUAAAUAGAAAUAUUUUAGUAAAAAGAGUAGGAUUAAAUCCUAGGCAUUACUCUAAAAAAUAUAUCACUGAACUAUCUGAUAAACUAAAAAAAUAUGAUAUAGAAAUAGUUUUUAUACUUGAAGACCUUGUAGACAAAUUAUUUGAAAAUAAACCAAAAAGGAUUUUUAAUAAAAUUUACUCUAUAGAGAAUUAUACACUUAAAUUUUUUUAUAGGAAGAAUUUUGAAUAUUUACAGUACAAAGGUGAUUAUAAAAAAUUUAUGAUGUUUGAUUUACCUGAUGAUGCAUUAAUUUGUGGAAAAACAUACACAGAGAAACUAGAAGAAGUAAGGAAGUUUAUAAAUGAUGAUGAAGAACUAAUUAUAACAGAAAUGGAUACUAUCUGUUGGUUAUUUAACUUAAGAGGAAGUGAUAUAAAAUAUAAUCCCUUGUUUUAUGGAUAUGCUUGUAUUACAAAAAAAGAAGCUAAAAUAUUUUGUGAGGCAGAACUUUCUUUAAAAAAUAUAGAAAUUAAAAAAUAUAACCAUUUUGAAGAUUAUUUGUUGAAUAAAACAAACAAAUUUGUUGUAUCAAAUUCAUGCAAUGCAUAUAUAGAUUCAAUAUUAACAAAUCACAAAUACACUGAUCAAAUAAGAAAUUUACAAACACAAAAAAGUAAAGAAGAACUUGAAGGAUUUAACUUAGCUUAUAUUCUUGAAGGUAUAGCACUGACAAAACUAUUUACAUGGAUAAAUACAGUGUAUGGUACAUUAACUGAAAAAGAUAUUGCAUUAAAAUUAGAAGAGUUUAGAUCUAAAUUUAUAGGUUAUAAAUUUCCUAGUUUUGAGUCUAUUGUAGGAUCUGGUCCCAAUAGUGCCAUAAUUCAUUACAGUGCUGGUGAUAGAAUAAUAAAAAAAGACGAGAUUGUUCUUUUAGAUGUUGGUAGUAAUUAUAUGUUUGGUACUACUGAUACAUCAAGAACACUUUUUAUAGGUAAUCCUUGUAAUAAAAUAUCUAAAUAUUACACUAAAAUAUUAAAAGGACAGUUAAGGGCCAUAAACCAAACUUAUCCUAAAAAAAUUAAUGGAUGUAUUAUUGAUGCACUUACAAGAUUAGAUUUAUGGAACAACAAUGAAAAUUAUGGACAUGCAUCAGGACAUGGUGUAGGACACUUUUUAUGUGUUCACGAAAACCCACCUACACUAAGCCAGAAUUUAAGGUCUAUAAUUUUAGAAAAUCAAAUCUUUUCUAUUGAGCCCGGAUUUUAUCAAGAAGAUGAAUUUGGUAUUAGAUUAGAAAAUUUGGUUGUAUCUCAAAAGAAUUAUGGAGACUUUCUAAAAUUAGUAGAUAUAACAUAUGUUCCUUACCAGCUAAAUAUGAUAGAUAUGUCACUAUUGACACAGGAAGAAAUAACAAAUAUUAAUCGUCAUAACACAGUUGUAAGAGAAAAGAUUUUACCUUUUAUACAAGACAAUACUGAACGAGAAUAUUUACUUAGAAAUACAGAGUGCAUUGAAUAA